CGGGGGGCGGGAGCGGCCGGGCCGGCCGGCUGGAGAUGGAUGGGGGGGCCAACUUCCUGGGGCAGCCCGCGAGGAUGUCGCGACCGCCCCCCACUGCCCCUCAGCCCCAGAGACGCCGCCGCGGCUGAGUCCCGAGCCCCCUGCCUCAGGCGUCGGCGGCCCGGAUCCGGCCCCUCCCCACCACUCCCAGGUGCGGGCCGGGCAGGCGGCCGCGGCAGGUGUUUUGAUUUGCAAAUGCAAAGUGAUUUCUUUAUCAUCUUCUUGGGGGAAAUCUUCAGAGCUGUGAACCUGCUACUUCCAGUCAUCUUGCUGUCCCUGAGCCCCAGCUGUUCGCAGGUGAAAUUUCAAAAAGGGACCACUGGAGCUUUCCAGGCGGCACCAUUCACUGCCUGAAAGCCACUGCUGUUGGUUCCUGAGAUGAUCUCAUCCGAACAUGGCUUCAGGGACCUCAGCAGCAGGAAUUGGAGGCAGCUUGCUUUCUGCCGAGGCAGUGUUUUGAAACAGGCAAAAUCAGAUUUUAUCAUGUGGGCAACCUGCUGCAACUGGUUCUGCUUGGAUGGACAGCCUGAGGAGGCCCCAGCACCCCAGGGAGCCAGGACGCAGGCCUAUUCCAACCCCGGGUACAGCUCCUUCCCUUCCCCAACAGGCUCGGAACCAAGCUGCAAGGCCUGUGGGGCCCACUUCACAAACAUGGCCCGGAAGCAGACCUGCCUGGACUGUAAGAAGAAUUUCUGCAUGACCUGUUCGAGCCAAGUGGGGACUGGGCCCCGCCUCUGCCUUCUCUGCCAACGAUUCCGAGCAACAGCCUUUCAGCGGGAGGAGCUCAUGAAGAUGAAAGUGAAGGACCUGAGGGACUAUCUCAACCUCCAUGACAUCUCUACCGAAAUGUGCCGGGAGAAGGAGGAGCUGGUGUUCUUGGUGCUUGGCCAGCAGCCUGGAAUCUCCCAGGAGGCCAGGACUCGUGCCCCCGCUUUGUCCCCUGACUUCCCCGAGCAGCAGGCCUUCCUGACCCAGCCUCCUUCCAGCACGGUACCUCCUACCUCACCCAGCCAACCUUCUUCACAAGCACAAGCCACCUCUGUUCCCCCUGCCCAGGCUCAGGAAAACCAGCAGGCCAAUGGCCAUGUGUCUCAGGACCAAGAAGAAGCCGUCUACCCGGAGGGCACAGCCAGAGCACCUGCUGAGGAGGAGACCCAGUCUGUCGACUCAGAGGACAGCUUUGUCCCGGGCCGAAGAGCCUCCCUGUCUGACCUGACCGAGCUGGAGGACAUUGAAGGUCUGAGUGUGCGGCAGCUGAAGGAGAUCCUGGCUCGCAACUUUGUCACCUACAAGGGCUGCUGUGAGAAGUGGGAGCUGAUGGAGAGGGUGACGCGGCUGUACAAGGACCAGAAAGGCCUCCAGCACCGGGGGGGAGCAGUGCCAUCCAGCCUGGAGGAGAACCUGUGUAGGAUCUGCAUGGACUCACCCAUCGACUGUGUUCUGCUGGAAUGUGGCCACAUGGUAACCUGUACGAAGUGUGGCAAGCGCAUGAAUGAGUGCCCCAUCUGCCGGCAGUACGUGAUCCGAGCCGUGCAUGUCUUCCGGUCCUGAGGGCUUGGUGCCGGCUUCUUCAGUGCCUUAUAGGGACAUAGCGCGAGGUGUCUGGGCUCAGGGUCGGCCAGCUUGCAGAGGGGCAGGCUAACAAGAAAACUUGGUAUUCCGAAGACCAGGGCUGGCAAAGAUGCUCUGUCACCUCUGGGCAUGCCAGUCCUGCCACAGAGGUGACCCUCUUGGCUGGCAGAGCCCAAGGCAGUGAGAUUUGGUAUAGAUCGCACGGGCAAGUCCGUGUUCCGAUGGUCUUGGGUGAUGAUGGUAAAUGAUGAAGAGAGGACUUUCUAGAACUUGGACCGUAUCUUCCUCCUUCCGGUACCACACCCCCCCUCCCCCUCCCCGGUCCCCCUGAGCUGCUUGCCUGUGUUUCACCAAUCAGAAGUCCUGGUAGAAACGGUUUUCUUCCUCCCCAGCACAUUUGGAUUUAUUUCUGGUCUUCUCUGGCUUUCUGUGCUAAAGUUUCCUGCUACAUUGCCUAAAAUCCAUUCGUUUCUUCAGACCAAAAAGAUGUUAGCUUACCAGACCAGUAGUGAUCCUCUGGUGAGAAAUGAAACAAAUGCUGUUGAAAAACUUCAAAGUCAUUAAGAGUUGCUUCCUUAAGUGCUGGGAUUGGGAGCUGUCAGUCUCCCGACCUGAACUUGGGAGCCAACAAAGCAUCUGGUUCUUAAACUGCUGGGAAAUUCCAGUCUCUGUGCGAGAGAUGGUGCAUGGAUCAUCUGCUGCUUCUCUUGGGGUCUGACUUUGCGCCAUCCUUAAUUUUAGUUUAUAAGGAAAGGGAGUGUUGGGUGAAGCACUGGCUUUCUGCUUAACUUUGACUUCUCCAACAGAUAGGAGUUUGAAACCUUUUUCUCCUGAGAAUGAAGGUCUCUCUCUUUCCCAUGUAGGUUUUAAACAUGGUCUCACUGAAGGCAUAGAGACUUAGGCAAAGAGCCUGUUCUUCUCUAGCCAGACUUGUGAUGAAGUUCCUGGAGACCAAAUGUGUAAGACACAGACCACCGAAGAGGUGUCAGAAGGUACUGAAUGAGGCUGAUUUCAGUCCUUGAGUGGACAGCUGGAAGUCUUAAUUCCCCAGGUUGCUGGGGGCUCCCUACUCCCUUUCCUUUCUCAGUCUGCUGAUCUGGGCAGCAGGUGAGGAAAAAGCAUUCUACAGGCCAUUUAGGAAGGACCAUGCAAUGAGUAGGUCAGUUCUUGAGCCCUCUUAGGGUCCUUACACCACUGGAAGAGCCAAAGGGCUAGAGAAAAGUUUGCUGGGAUAGCUUAGCCAAGCACACACGUACACGCUAUCAGAAGAGCCGUGUGUGCUGCCAUUACCAAUGGAUGAGCUAUCUAAACCGGAAAGACCCGAGGGCCUUAGGAGAUCCCCUUCCCCCCAUGCAGCCAAGAGCUCACUCUAGAACCACUCAUGGCUCUGGAAAGCAGUGGGAAACCUACAAGGGGACCUAUUUAUUGGUACAGACAUACUUAUGCUUUUCCUCUCUAUCAACCACUAACCCCCUUUGGGGGAACGAAAUUCAUGAAGUUGUCAGCUGAACACUGGGCCACUCACCUUGACGUCAUAGCAAGUCCUAGAUGAUUUGAUUCUGGGCCGCAUACAGCCUUUGUAGGAAUUGGGGGAACCGAGAUUUCCCUGUGAGGACAUCUGUCUGCUGGACAGUAAAUACUGUAGUUUACAAUGCCUAUCAUUUUAGCAAAGGAUUCAGCUCCUCCUCGAUUCCACUGUGAAACAGGUCUAUAUGUAUAUGCAGCUCAGUUAAGAUCUAGCAAUAACUGAAGGGCAGAAGCCAGCUCUCUCUCUACUUAAAACUUGCUUUCUCUGCUGAGGCCUUACCUCUCCCUACCUCCCAGUUUCCCUCCUAGACAUGAGUUUAAAAUAUCCUAAUGGUUGGUUAGUAACCUCAGUUAAGAAUUAGAACUGAUGCCAUUUGCUCAUUUUAGAGAACUUGCCUUUUAAGUCUAACCUUUUGGUGAAUGUUUUCAUUUAAGAAAAAAAGGUGUCAAGCAACCCUGAUUUUUUUUUUUCUUUAUUAUUAUACCAAAUAAAAGUUGGGGAUUCUAAGAUCCCAUUUCAGUUACCAUCUAACCUAGGUAGAAAAAUUUAUUUUUAUCCUUGAAUGCUCCUUCCUGUCCCUCAUGGAUCCUUGGUCUUAAUUAUUAUGGAAGCAUCUAAUUCUUCCAAUUAUUCUGUGGCUUUUGCUGUGACUGUUCAGAAAUUUCAGUUGAGACUUGUUUUAAAAGACUUGGAGAGCUGACUAGUUCAUAAUUCAUUGGAAUACUUGGAUCCAAGCUAGUAAGAAGAAGCUGUACAGGAAUAUGUAUUGUAUAAAUUUGUUGAAAUCUUCUGGAUGUGAAUGUGUUACUUCAAGUGGCUUAUAUUAAGAUUCUCUCAGACUUAACUUGGGUGUUAAACCCACAUGUGUAUUUUUUGUUACAGAGCUCUGCUUUAUAAUUUUGUAAUAAAGUUUCAACAUAGAUGCCUGUCCUAUCUGGUGUGAGGAUGCAGAGGUCUGGUAGUGAAGGGUGACAAGAGUUUAUAAACCACAGGCUAAUCCCAGGCCGCGUGCACAUAGACGUGCUCCUGAGAGACCGCACUCUUUGGAGAUGCUUGGGCCAUGUGGCUUUGGUCAAGAUAUCCCUGUUCAACAGACAAGAAAGCUGAAGCUUAGUGUUGUUGUGACUUGUUCGAGAUCUCACAACUAGUGCCGUGUUUCCCCGAAAAUAAGACCUAACCGGAAAAUAAGCUGUAGCAUGAUUUUUCAGGAUGCUCCUAAUAUAAAAUAAGCCCUAAUGCAUCUUUUGGAGCAAAAAUUAAUAUAAGACCUAGUCUUAGUUUAGGGGAAAUACGGUAGGGCUUAUUUUAUAUUACGAGCAUCCUGAAAAAUCAUGCGAGGGCUUAUUUUCCGGAUAGGUCUUAUUUGUGGGGAGACACGGUAUGUGGGAAAUGUCAUGGAACAGCCUAGAAGAGGGUGGAGCUGGGUAAAAAAAGGAUCAGCCCUAAAACCAAAUGGCAAGAAGUACCAAGUGAGUUCAGACAUUGACACUGAUUUGGUAGAGAUGGGUCUUAAAGAUGGGGGUAGACAGGAGUUGGAGGACAGCCAGUGUGGCCAGUUUUCAGGUGACCUGAGAGAAGGAUGGUAGCUUUUGGAUACAGCUGUGAUCCUUAGAGUGUGGCUCAGAGGUUGGCCCAGCCUUAUGGGCAGACUGCUGCGGGUCCAGGGGAGGGCACUCCUGAGAAUGCAGCCUUUGGGAGAGCUGGAUUACGUGCAGAUCCGCCUUGUGACUGAGGAGAGGCGAGGAGGGAAUUUGGUCCUAAGUGCAUACCGGCUUGAGGCUGAGCCACAGCGUCGUCCUCAUUGUUCUGGGCAGAUGACUUGUUGAGCGCCCAGGAUGACCUCUCUGCUGCCAACAGCAGCAUAGAAACAAAUGCUGAAGGUCUGGGAAUGUAACACGGAGGGAUACAAAAAAUUGUAUAUUCGGUAUAGUCUCAAUAGCAAAGAAAAACAUGUAUCAGAAAGACUGGAAGGCAAUCGGCAAAACACCAUGCACAGUGAAUUGAAGGUAACACCCAGCGUGGCAGGGCUCUUUGCUGGGCGGAUGCGCCAAGGGGAAGUGCCCCGGAAGGGCAGGUGGGGUUGGGUCAGGGCCCUUCGGCAGAAUCUUGAGGGGAGAGCCUUGUUCUUCUGCUGCUCUGUCCAGUUGCUUGGCCUGAGGCGGCUGGAGAGGGGGAUGGGAAGUUAUGUAGGUCAGUUCUCAGAGGAGCAGCAGCUUUUGUGUCCGCAGAGGAUAGAAUAAAAAGAGUGUCUUAUUCUCAGUACUGAAGCCAGACUGAGUGGUGCCAAUUCACAAACACCCAGUGUCCUGGGCUAGAGACAGAAGCACCUUCCCCUCUGGUCCCUUCGUCCCAACACACUUUACUCAGCAGGUGGAAACCCAAGUCAAUGAGGUUAAAGCUGGCCUCCAGGCCGACUGGCCAGCAGCCUGCCAGCAGUGCAUUACCUGAGUUGAGCGCAUCAGAGAGCUGGGGGGCAAGCAGAGGUAUCAGUCUUACAGACCCAGACACUCAGGUAUGUUCUAGAGAUUGUUAUAUUCACCUAACUCAGGGGAUGGACAGCAGGCCUGCCAUUUUGUGGAUACAAGACAAAGAGACCUGACCCUCACGAGCCAGCAGACCAGAGAACACGGAAGUGUGUUGAAGCAGGUGGCUACCUGAUGCGCCUGCAUUCAGACUGGAGCGUGAGCUGUCACACAAGAGGCUGUGGAAGUGGCCUGACCGAGUUAUGGUUAGAAGCCAGGCCUCCUCCCUCCUGGCGAGGGUCUGUACAUACAUGCCAAUGUUGACUUUCUCAGCUCCGUGCCAGGCUGUGUGUGCCGAGUGCUUUAUAGAACUCACCUUGAGUUCAUUGGGUCUUUACAGCAACCUUGUGAUUUAGGGGCAGUUCCUAUCCCCGUUCCUCUUAGAGGAACAGAGGCUCAGCUGUUAAAUAACUUGCAUAAGGUUAUAGCUAUUAAAUUUCAGGAUUUGGAUUUCAGUCAGGUCUGUCUGUGCAUAUACCUACAUGGUCAGUAGCCACAUGUGAUCAUUGAGUUAGAAUGAAAACUUCAGCUCCUCAGUUGUUAGCCACAUUUCAAGUGCUCAACAGCCAAAUGUGGCUAGUUCACAUUGGCCAGUGAAGAUUUAUAGUCUGUUUCCAUUGCUGCAAAAAGUUCUGUUGAACAGCACGGCACUCGUCUACUUUAAACUGUUUUCCUUUUAUUCAAAUAAAUCGGGAGCCUUCCUUUUUAA